AUGAUCCUUUUUGACAAAGUCGCUCUUCCGGAGUAUGUCACCAAUUUAUGGCAAUGGGAUAUCGAAUGGGAAGAGGAAAAUCCCGACUACCGCUGUCUUCUCGGUCGUGUACACGUUGUGGUCCUUUUAUGGUUUGAACUCUUAGCGAUACCACUUUAUGUGGCGUUCCUCUUCCCGUGGUGGCUUUUCUUCAUAGGACCUCAUCUCGUUAUUAUUGUGCUCACUUUGUAUGCUUUGAAAAAAGAGAAGCACAGAUGGAUGUGGCCGAUCAAUCUGUAUGCGGACAUCAUGAGGACUUCUUCACUAGAGCAAAUGAUAGUCGGCAUUGUGAAAGCGAUAAUUUUGCUCAUUGGAGGGAUCUUAUUUUGGAGGUUGACGGUUUUCCAUACGACAAGAAAGUAUUUUGAAGCAAAAGCUGAAGGAGCCGCCUUCCCCAACCAACCGAGGCUGAAACAGGGAUGGAAAAGCUGA